AUGAAUCCUUUCGCCGUCGCUGACACCUUCGCCGAUGCCGAGCCGCCGAUGCUGGCUACGGUGGGAGGGCAUGAGAAACAGGAGACAGGCCCCGCUUCAGGUCACGAAGCGUCGGCUUUCCUAACUGGAAAGGCUGAGCAUUUGGGGCCGAUACGGCGUGAGUCGGUAAGAAUAGAUGGGGAGCACACCAUUCCUCUGGGAUGGAGCGCGGGGUUCAGCGGCCAUCUUCAUCUUGAUCUUAUCCUGGAUUUCUUGAGGACAGCCCUCAAGGUAAACGGAGCAGAGCAGGUGGUUGCGCAUAAACAAGCACUCACGAGGAGUACGCCGAUGAGGAGAUGCUGCCCAACAACACAAAUGCUUGUCCGAUGGCUGUGUUGCCCGAAGGAUCCUCUGUACGCAAUACUUCCAACGUACGAGCCUAGGAUUCCCAUGGCAUUUACCGCAAUUUCGCACCCCUACUCUCUCGACCCGACAGUUUGGUUCACCGAGAGGCGCUAA